CUGCCAGGUAGUAACCGUUUCAAGAUCCUACUUUCAGUUUGUUCGUGGAUUAGAUAAAGUAACUAUACUCCAUAUAUCAUCACAUAGGUUGGAUAGUGAGGGAGAUCAUGCAGAUCAUCAUUAUCGGAGUUUCUGGGUGUGGAAAAACAUCAGUUGGAGAGGCAUUAGCAAAGAAAUUGAAUAUGCCAUUCCGUGAUGCCGAUGAAUUUCAUUCUAUAGCGAAUAAAGAGAAGAUGUCUCGAGGACAAUCACUGACAGAUGAGGACAGGAUUCCGUGGUUGUUAGCAAUACAUCAGUACAUGCAGAAAUUGGAAUCCCAAAAGAUUGAUGGAGUUGUCACUUGUUCUGGUCUCAAGAAAAUGUAUAGACAGACCCUUCUGGAAGGCAUCACAACAGCUGAUUCUAAUUCUCAGUCUUCAUCCAAGAAAUGUUUGGAUAAAGCAUCAGUGUUAUUUGUUCUCUUGCAUGGUGAAGAGGAGAUACUACAGAGAAGAAUGGACUUGCGAAGGAAUCAUUUUAUGCCUGCAUCACUUCUUCCGUCACAGUUGGCCACUCUAGAACAUCCAGAUGAAACAGAACACUUCAUUAGUGUAGAUAUAGACAAUAGUGUUGAUGAUAUUGUUAACCAAAUUGUCAAGGUUAUUCAAGUAUCUUAACAACACUGGAUAUUUGCUCAAUGUACAAUGUAGAUGGCAAGACAAUGAAUACCAUUUAUCUUUUCUAUGGCACCGUAAAAUUUCCAGGGGAAAAUUUUGUUGGCACAGAAAGUUCGUUAUAAUGGUGCUAUUUCUAUGUGUCACUUUGAUACAUUUGAUCAAAAUGCUGUUCAUAUCAUACUGAUUGUGGUUUAACAGGCAUUGAAUAUCCUGUUUGCAGAAGCACUGAACCCAAAAGCUACCCUCAUAUUCCCAGAAAAGGUUUCUUUCUUGACUUUGUUGAAUAAGUCAAGGUCAUUUGAGUAAUAAUGAGUGCAGGAGGUCAACACAAAAUCCCUGACUGAAGGUUGGGUGGUGGGCUUAUUGAAGGUAAAUGACGAAGUAUUUGUUAGCUUUUCUUAUAUUGCAGAAGUUGUUGUUGGGCUUAUGUAAGUAUCAAUAGACAUAGGAUUAUUGCUUCAUCAAUACUGUCCAAUCACCACACACAACUAUACAAAACCUUUAAAUAAAUUCAACUUCACAAUUUUUGCUGUUGUAUACAGACAUAUUCAACAACUAUAAUAUAUGUCUUCAAAAUUUUACUUUAUAGAUAUCAUGUAUAUAUCCUGCAACAUACUUAUCAAGCUUAGCUGAUCUGUUACAAUGUAGGGAGGUGGGUUAUUACAAUGAUACAGCAUCUGUUGACAAAGUCUUAUGUCCAUUGUUGUGCAUCAUGUGUCAUGCGUCUUCCAUGGUGGUUGUCCAUUACAAACAAUUUACAUUUUUUGCUUUUUCCUCAAUAAGCAGACAGCCCAGAGUUCUGAUAAUAGGACUGUUUCAUGCUGAGAUGAAGGGCUACCAAGUUCUUUUCAAAUGAAUGACCUUGACCCUCUUUCAAGGCCACAGGGGUCAAAUGUUUGAGUAACAGUAUUAAUUCUUAGCUGGAAUUACAAAACAGGUUGAAAUUUUGUUGUUAAGGAGGUUCAAUGUUUUGAAAACUUCAUUGUAGGGCCUUAAGAAUAGGAUUUGUUAAAAUUUUCUCAAUGGCAUUUAAAUUCACACUUGCAAAUACAAUACACUGCGGGCUUUUUAAUCUGUUUGCUAAAUAUUUGAUAAGGCAGUUUUUUUAAUUUGUGUUUGUCAUUUGUUAUUAACAACAAAAUCAACUCAGAUGAACAUUAAGGCCUAUGGGCCCCUUGUUAUUAAAACUUCAGUAGAUGGGAAUGGGCUUAUUGCCAGAUGAAUAUGUUAUUUGUAUUGAGUACUUCUGCAAUUUACAACCAAGAUAUCAUUUCAAGGAAAAAAACAUUCAUGAAUACUAAAUUAUUCUUCACAAAUUUCUUUAUUCUGAAAUCUUAUUUACUGCAUUUUAUUUUCCUGGUUUAUCUGUUGCCAGGGAAACAAGGAAUGUGUUCAAAAAGUGAAUAUUUUACGUUACCAUGGUUAAUGUUAAGUUAAUAAAAACCUUUUCACUUGUCA